CAUAAAGAUCUUACAAGAUUAUGGAUUUUAUGGGGUGGAGAAAGUGGGUGGAUUACAGUUAGAUUGGGCUCUGAUUACUUCUUUAGUGGAGAGAUGGAGACCCGAGACACAUUCAUUCCAUCUUCCAUUUGGAGAGGUGAGAAUUACGCUACAAGAUGUUGAGGUUUUACUUGGAUUGCCCGUAGAUGGCAUUCCAUUGUCGGGGGCACUAGUCGAUCAAGAGAUCAGUGGAUUCAGAUUUGUGAUGACAUGAUGGGUUUGAGACCUGAACCAUCUGAUAUUACGUCUUCUACGAUUAAGAUAUCUGCAAUUGAACCGAAGACGCUGACAGAGCACAAUGUAGAAGUUGAUUACCAACAGCAUGCUAGAGCUAUCAUGUUUAAGUUGAUGGGUGGCAGCUUAUUUCCCAACACGACGGGAAAUAAGUUUGUUUGGAUGCCGUAUCCGAAUCUCGAGACCCUACCACCCUUUUGUUCAGUCGGACUCCCAAUAUGGACAUCACGCAUCCCUUUGAUCUAUGGCUAUGUCGUGGAGAUGUGCUAUCCGGAUCGAUUUUGCAGACAGUUUGGUGCCCUCCAACGUGUUCCUCUCGAUGUUGUGUAUGAUCGACGCCUACAUAACAUUAAGUUGACCACUAUGGAGCUCGGUGACAAUGAGAGACAUUAUUUAGGUGUAUGGGAGGGACGUUACGCUGCAAAUGUACUGAUGGAAUUUGGGAUGUCGGAUGCCACGCCUGAGUAUCGUCAGUGGUAUUACCUCCAUGGUCGAAGACAAAUAGAAACCCUGCACAUCAGCCUAGAACAGGCUACGUCCCCAUUUCUCCUGAGCUACAGACAGCACUAUCUUGUAUGUCAUCAGCGACUUGAUCCAGGUAGGCACCCGGAUGGUUUUGUACCUUCUCACGAGGUAGCGCUAGUUCAUGACUUGUUAGGUGAUUGUAUACGUGCUCUUGGACAUGCAUCUAUCCUCAAUCAUCCUCAGCAGCAACCAGUAUACAAUCCAGGACAUAUUCCGAGAAGGGCAUACAGAAGUGAUUUUGACCAGAUGCUACUCCAAAUAGCAUCCAAAAAUCAAGAAGCCUACAACUGGCUUAAUGUCAUUCCAAAACACAAGUGGGCUUUGUCACAUGAUGAAGGUGGGGCACGUUGUGGUAUAAUGACUACAAAUUCCUCAGAAAGUUUCAAUCAUGUCCUUAAAGGAUGUCGUUGUUUGCCAGUAUAUGCCAUUGUGCAGUUCACCUAUGAUAAGUUGGUAAAACUUUUCGCUGAGAGGCGAACCAAUGGAUAUAAUAUUAAAUCUGAUGUGGAAGUUGACAUGUCACACAGCCUAAACCACCACCUAAAGAGGAAAAAAAGAAACCCAGUUUCUUCCCGAUCUCUGAAGAAUCGCACCUAAAAUGUCGCCUUUCCUUUUCUUCCUCAGUCAAUCGCGAUCUCCGUUUCAUCUCCCCUCCUUUCCUGAACAAAAUCAGACACACUACUAUUUUAAUUAUGCAGAUUUCAUACCAUAUCAACUACGAAUCCAUUUCUUCGAUUAUAAUCGUUGAAUGGUUUAGGCAUAUCAUUGAAUGUGUUUUUGGGCAGAUUCAUUUCAAUCUCUCCCGGAUUUCGUAACUCAACAGAACAAGAUUCACUUCAUACCCAAUUUCCGGCGUAUGAGGUGCUUUUUCGUGUAAAAUCAGGUCAUCUACCUUCAUAUUAUUCUUAAAUUGUGCCUUAAUUUGUCACAUAUCCCUUUAUUGUGUGAGUGAGAUGCUUGCCUCUUAAUGUCCUUUUUGCUUAAUCCGUUGAAGACUUGAAGUUGUAGAUUGAGUUGCUUAAUGUUCUAAAUUGUACUCUGACAUUAUUUUUUUCAAGUUAAAGCUUUGCCUCUUUUUGUCUUUUUUUCUCUAAAAAAAUGUCCUAAAAUACAAAAACAAUACUUUUGGGUUUCUUAUACAUAAAACCUCGAUUUUAUGUAUUUCU